GUGAUCAAAGCUGCCAAGGGCUUCCGGAACAAGAUCAAGGACUGUGACUGCAAGAUACACGACCUGUUCGUGAACCACCUGCCGAUGUCUUUCAAGAGCCUCGAGAGUGGCAAAGCCUUCAAGGCUGAAGUGCUGCUCGUGCUCGCAAUCCAGCAGGUGCAGCUUGAGGAUCCGGCGACCCAGAAAUGGGCGCGCGAUGUGAUCCGUGCGCAGUUGGGGGAUAUCGCAGGCAAUGUCGUCAAUGAAGAGAGCAUUCUUCCACAGAUUUUGGAGAAGGCAAGGCAAAUCAUCGGCUGA